AUGUCCCCCGGGAAUGACUCCGGGGCUAUAAUGGCCAGCUAUAAUGCCAAGUUUUAUGGGCAGCCAAUCACUUCCCUCCCUGAAGGUCUGCCCGUGACAUGUAUCUCGUGGGAUGGCGGAUCUGCGAUUGACAUUCCAGCGGAUGGAAUCCACGCCUACCACACAUCCCAUCCUAAACGUGUACGAGAUCUUACAGACGAGCUUGAAGCCUUAAGCGGAGUCUUGGGUCCUCUCAGCGAAACAUUGAAAUCUUCUCCCGACAUAGAUCUAUCCUCCCUUGAUCUUCCUUUACUACGAUGUGGCAAUGCCUGCAAAGAAUUUCAGGACGAGCUGCUCAAAUGCUCAUCGCGGUCUGACAAUUCGCGGGUCAGCUUUCGUGAUUGGGCGAAGCUGAGGUAUAUGGGAGAUGAUAUUGAUAGUUUUAGACGACUCUUGGCAGGGUACAAGCUGACCAUCACCAUCGCUCUGACUGACGCAACGCUGUGGGUUUAUGAUUCAGUUAAUUAUCAAAUAAGAAGCUCUUCUAACCUCGUUAGUCGCAAUUCCACCGCCACCGCUGAAAGCAUUAAAAGCUACAAAACCCUGGUUGAGACUGCCACUGAUGACCUCCAGGCACAUCUUGAAUCUAUCAAUGAGAAGCUUGAGAGGGUAUUUGGAAGGAGGGAAACUGAUCCCAGCUCUGGUUCAACAGAGCUCAGUCAGAUGAAGGAAGAGAUUUCGAGCACGCAGAGAUGUCUCCAAAUAUGUGAUCGACUGUCUGAGCACAUCAGCCAAAUUCAGAUCCCAAAAAGAUCUGGAGGGGAUUCUCCCGGAGUGUCUAAUUCAGGAAGCAUUCCUGAAAGAGUCAUAAAUGAGGGUUUGCAGGAAUGUCGGGACAGCCUUCUUCUUACGACUGCGAGGCUCGAAAAGCACAUGAAAGAUCUCAUGACGCGCAUGCUGGCAAAGUCAAACAGUACAAUGACCUCUGACAAUGACAAUGCGGAUCUUGCAAGGCUACAAGAGGAAUGGGAAACCGCUCGCCAAUGCAUACAGAUCUGCUCCAAGGCAGACGGCCACUUAAAAGAAAAUGUCAGUGUAAUUGACAACUAUGCCACCGGCGACGCCAUCCAAUUUAUGGUGUCGACCGACGGGAAGACGAUUCAUGGUAAAAAUCGAGGACAUGGCUGGAGAACGAGGCAAGUUGGGGGUCACCUUAGUGAUGCCACAGUGGUACAGUUGUCACAGGAUAUGUCAAGGAUUAGCAUUCAAACGGCUCACGAUAAAGAUGGUACCUCUCUGCCAAGCAAUCCUAUUUCUAGUGAUGCCAUGGAACGUGAUCCAGAUCCGCGCACCUGGGAGCGACAUGGGCGUGGCUUUCGACUUCAGCCAAAGUCCGAUGCAGAAGCGGUUCCGUCUGCUUCAGAAUCAACAGACAGAUGCCCUUCAAUGACCCAUCAAAGCUCUCGGGUCUGA